AAUGCGUAUUCACAUGUUUUUAUCACUAUAUUAUUGUAUUAUAGUGUAACAAUGUAAAGUGUUAUUGCACGCUGGUCUGGUGUGACAUUUUUAAUCCUAUUUUGUAGUGUGAGGACACAUUGCGGUAUCAGUAACAUUUUACAUAUACUAGAUAUAGAAAACCUUUGCUAAAUUAUAGCAGACAAACCUAUGGUGAUGAUACAAAACCGGCAGAAUCAGGCUUUAGUGUAGUAACACCUUCACUGCAUCGCGUGAGCGUCGUGUAAGUUUGUAGAAAGGGGCGGUACUGCUCUGCUACACUGCAAACAAGAGCGACCGGAGAACCGGAGGAUGGAGGAGCAGACGAAGCGCAGCUGCACGCGGAAGACGAUAUGAUGUUUUAGGAGCAGUGCAUGCUCGGUGAGGCUGAAAUUGUCGUUUUGGCUACUUUUGGUCAUCAAAUAGAAAGAUGGCGCCGUCGGGUUCGCGUAGCGUUGACUGCUGGAGAGUUUUAUACUGGAUCCCUGUGCUGUUCAUCAGUCUGAUCGUGGCAUGGUCCUACUACGCUUAUGUAGUGCAGCUCUGCAUAGAUACUAUUGAAAACAUUGGAGAGAAAAUAGUUUACCUCCUGGUAUAUCAUGUGCUUUUCAUCAUGUUUGUGUGGUCAUACUGGCAAACCAUCUUCACAAAACCUAUGAACCCACUCAAAGAGUUUCACCUGUCACAUUCUGACAAAGAGCUAUUAGAGCGUGAAGAUCGGAGAGAAUCUCAGCAGGAGAUCUUGAGGAGAAUUGCUAAGGAUUUGCCCAUUUACACACGCACAAUGUCUGGAGCUAUCCGCUACUGUGAUCACUGUCUGCUGCUGAAGCCUGAUCGAUGUCAUCAUUGCUCAGCCUGUGAUAUGUGCAUUUUAAAGAUGGAUCACCAUUGUCCAUGGGUAAACAAUUGCGUGGGCUUCGCCAACUACAAGUUUUUCAUGCUCUUCCUAGCAUAUUCUUUGUUGUACUGCCUCUUCGUCACUGCCACCGACUUGCAGUAUUUCAUUCAGUUCUGGACUGUUGAUGGUAAAACACACGAUCGUCUAAUCCAAUAUUUGAAUGGUCUGCCUGACACCCAAGCCAAGUUUCACAUCAUGUUCCUGUUUUUCGCUGCCUCCAUGUUCUCAGUGAGCCUAGCGUUUUUGUUUGCUUAUCACUGCUGGCUUGUCUGCAAGAACAGAUCCACCUUGGAGGCUUUCAGAGCUCCUACAUUCCAGCACGGACCAGACAAGGAUGGCUUCAGUUUAGGAACAAGCAAGAACUUUCGCCAGGUGUUUGGAGAUGAAAAGAAAUGCUGGCUGUUGCCUGUUUUUUCAAGUCUGGGCGAUGGCUGUUCAUACCCUACAUGUCUAGUGAACGCAGACCCCGAACAACCCUCCUCACCCUCUGGACGCAACCCUUCAAUCAAAAGUGCUGGAGAAUCCCAUCAGUUUCCACCUAAACCUCUGCGAGAGUCUCAGAGCCGACUGCUGAAUAACGGACAGUCAGAGGGAAGUGAAGACAAAGACAAGCGAGGUACGAACAACCCAGCCUUGACUAUUGAGAAGGAAACUUAGGAGUGCAUAAUGAAACAGGAGUUUUGUGCUAGUGAUGUCUGUUGUCAGUGGAACAGUGAGGACGUCUCCUCUGCUCUUGCACAGACUUGCACUGCCCAUCUACUCUCCACCUAAUGAGCUGACAGUGCAGGGUUAUGCUGUGUACUGUACAUACAUGCAGGGCCACAGAGUCUCUAGUCCUUUUUGCGAAAUGUAUGGCUAUCUUAACGUGCCUAAAGAUGCCCACAGAUGUGGUUGAACAUCUGGUAACUUUACUGUGGUUCCUACAAGACCCACAUUUUUUAAUAUGUAGAAGUUUGUAUGGUAAAUGCCUUGAAUAUAGCUUGCGUGGUGUUGGCAGUGCUGAAGAAGGUGGCGUUUUUGUUAGUCUGGAAAAUGUGAAGUAUUUAUGCAUGCUGUGUGAUGGUGGUACGUAGUCGUUUGUCAUGUUUGAAAUGUGAACAAUGAAAAUCCCAAGUGCUUUUGCACUAGACGAAUUUGACCUUGUUUUUGAUCCUGCAUUGUUGAGAUGCUGCAGCAUCUCUUAUUUCAUUCAUUACCAUACAGAUACAUUUGCACAUCAUGACUAUAAUCUGUUUUUAUUUUUAACAAAGUGUCAGUGAGGAUCUUGUCCAUCACAUUUAAGUCUGGAUCCCGGCUGUCACUAAUUUAGCAAAGGUCAUACACAGGCAAAAUGACUGAUGUAGCAAAUAUUUAAGGCCAUUUUUAGCACUGGAUAUUCAGCCUAAAACACUGUUUAAUCAGGU